AGAAUUAUUGACUUUGAACAUCUAUUAUUAUAGAAAAGUAAACAUGCGUUUUUCGACUUAUGAAUAAAUAUUUCCGUUACCUGAAAUUGUUCGGCCGAGAAAUUAAUUGUCAGAAGAAAGUUCGAAACAUCGGUACUGCCAAACUUAAAUUACUUUGUGGAUCAGCUGAGUUCAAAAGAUCUUACAGUUUGAAAAUGGACCAACAAAUACAUAUUGUGAAAUCAGAAAAUGAUAAGAGAAACUACAGAUGGAUAAACUUAGAAAAUGGUCUGCAAGCUAUUCUUAUAUCGGACCUUCUUGAAAAUGAGGAAGAGGCAGAAGAGGCACCGUGGGAUGAUGAAAAUGAAAGAGAAAAUGAGGAAGAUGAGGAGGAAUCUCAGAAAGAGGCAGACAUGGAGACAGAUGAUGAGGAAGAAGAGGAAGAAGGAGGAGAGAAGAAAUCAGCUGCAGCUCUCUGUAUCUCCAAUGGGAGUUUUUCUGAUCCACCAAAUAUACCAGGAUUGGCCCAUUUUUUGGAGCACAUGGUUUUUAUGGGGAGUAAAAAAUAUCCUCAGGAGAAUAAACUUGACGAUUUCCUUGGAAAACAUGGAGGCUAUACCAAUGCUUGGACAGAUUGUGAAAGGACCUCUUUCCACUUUGAUGUGGAGCAAAAAUACUUUCAUCAGGCCCUGGAUAUCUUUGCCCAGUUUUUUAUCCACCCUUUACUGAGACAAGACUCCGUGGACAGGGAGAUCCAGGCUGUGGACAGUGAAUACCAGAUGAGCCUCCCAAGUGAUGAUGAGAGGGCAUGCAUGCUGUAUGGAUCUCUUGCCAAAGAGGGGCACCCCAUGGGGAAAUUUUUUACAGGAAGCAUAGAUUCCUUGAAAACAAUCCCUCAACAGAAUGGGAUAGAUGUGUAUGGCAACUUAAAGGAGUUUGAAAGUAAAAUGUAUUCAGCCCAGUUUAUGACACUAGCAGUGCAGUCUAAAGUUAGCCUUGACAAACUAGAGAAAUGGGUUCGGGAUAUUUUUUCUGAGGUUCCAAACAACAAAUUACCGAAACAAAGCUUUGACCAUCUUAAGGAUCCAUUCGAUAUGGAAAAAUUUGGAAAAUUAUAUUACAUUGAUCCAGUGAAAGACAAGCACAUGUUGGAAAUUAUCUGGUCCUUUCCUUCUAUGCUGCCACAUUACAGGAAGAAACCAUUGUCAUAUCUGGACUUUUUUCUUGGCCAUGAGGGUGAAGGCAGUUUGUUGGCUUACCUAAAAAGCAGGUAUUUUGCAACCGAGGUAGAGAGUGGUCACAGUUACAAUGGGUUUGAGCUGAACACCACGGCGACCCAAUUUGUGGUGAAUCUGACCCUCACUGACCAAGGCCUGGAUCAGUUCGAGGAGGUGCUGUUAGCUGUGUUCCAGUACAUACACAUGCUACAGGCCAAAGGAGUGCAGAAACGGUACUUUGACGAGAUGAAGACCAUAGAGGAAACCAAAUUUAGGUUCAAAGAAAAGGGGGACCCCAUGGAUUACGUAGAGAGGGUUUCAGAAAACAUGCAGCUGUUUGUUCCAGAAGAUGUUCUAACCGGCAGAGAUUUCUUGUAUGAAUAUGACCCAGAGCUGAUUGCCAAGUGUCUGGCUAAUCUGAGGGCAGACAACUGUUGUGUUUUCCUGUCCUCCAAACAACUAGCGGAGAAAUGUGACAGACAGGAUGUCAAGUGGACCCCUGUUAAGUAUGGAGUGGCCGACAUCAAACCAGAGUGGAGGAAGAAAUGGCAAGAUCCUCCAGCGAAUCAAGACCUUCAAAUGCCAAAACCAAACAAUUCCAUAGCAACUGAUUUUACAAUGGCUGAAGUUGAGGCAGAGUUAACAACAAAGCAUCCCAUAGUUCUGUCAGAGAAUGAGCAUUGUACACUGUACUACAAGAAGGACAUGAAAUUCAAAGUGCCAAAAGCCCAUGUUUGUGUUCAGUUGAUGUCACCAGUAGUCAACCAAUCAGUGAAAAGUCACACCCUGCUGAAGAUAUUUGAGGCCGUUAUGAACCACAAACUGGAUGCCCCAGCCUACCCAGCAAUACUGGCCGGCUAUGACUAUUCAACCCGAGUUGAUGAUACAGGAAUCAGGUUCAAAGUGACAGGAUUCAACCAGAAAUUACCAGAGCUGUUUGAUUUACUUCUGAAUGCAGUGUUUGAGUAUUCUUGUGAUGAUGAGUUGUUUCCCUUUAUGAGGAACAAAGUGAAGAGAGACCUCUUCAAUGCCAUCAUCAAACCCUCAGAACUUGUCAGAAUGCUGCGUUUCUCUGUGCUAGACCCAAACAACAAGUCUGCAGCAGAAAUGUACGCUGAAAUCGACAGUUUAACUAAUCAGGAUUUUCAACAGAUCCUGGCAGAGUUCCGACAGAACAUCAAAGCAGACAUCUUGGUUGUGGGCAAUGUCACGCCAAAGGAAGCCAUGUGGUAUAAAGAGAGGUUGGAAUCAAAACUAAAUGGAAAAGUGGAACCUUCCAGUGUGUACAAGAGGCGGCUGUACCAGAUUCCCAGACAGUGGAGCUUCUGUCAGAUCAACAGCUUCAACAUGGAGGAUGCCAACUCUGUCAUCACUGUGUACCUACAGUCCGACCCCGGGGACAUCAGAGCCACCGUCAUCAAUGAACUACUGGAUACAAGAAUGCAGGAGCCAUGUUUUGAUGUACUGAGGACACAGCUACAGCUGGGCUACAGUGUCUACUGUCAGAAUCUCCUUACGUACGGCAUCAUGGGAAUGGCUAUUGUCGUCCAGUUCCAAGCCCAAAAGUUCUCGAUGCAUGAAGUGGACAACCAUAUUGAGGACUUCCUUAACAAAUUCAAGGAAAUCUUGGACAAAAUGACCACAGAGGAAUUUGAUACACUGGUCGAGUCCUUGGUAGCGGCCAAACAGACAGAGGAUACUCACCUGGGGGAGGAAGUCAAAAGAUACUGGGGCGAGUGUAUAGAAGAGAAUUACGUGUUUGACAGAUUAGAGAAAGAGGUAGCCAUAUUGAAGACUUUGACCUUAGAUGACUUGAAGGAUUGGUACAAACAAUAUUUGGGGGAGAAUCAAAGACGAAUAAGCUUUCAGGUUCUGGGUAACCCUGAAGUAGAGCAAGCGGACGUGUCUUCCCCUAAAGAAGUAAUGGAGCCGCCCCACAAGAGAGCCAACACAGACAAGGAGCGGUGCUACAGGAUGAUCCCAGUGAGGGACUCGAGCUACCAGGACCACCAGUGUAUCACUGACAUGCACAGCUUCAAGUCCAAGCUCACAUUGUUCGACCAUCACUGUGUAACCAAGUGACCAAUAAGAACAAAUGAUAAAAAAUUUAGGCUUGAAUUUAUUUUGCUAAAAAUUCCAAAAGGAAAUCAAAAAGACUUUGGACAAAUUGGCUUUUUUAUGUGUAUUUUAUUAUUAUGUGGAUUGAGAAAUGCAACCAAUUUCUUGGAAGGAAUUUAUUUUUACACAAAGUGUAUGGUUGUCUAAAUUACUUGUACAUGUAUCACCUGUAUGUUUAACACACCAAUGGAUGGUGUACAGUUAAUGUAAUGUACAAUAAAAGGUGAAACUUGG